ACCGUCAGAAAGUACAGCAGCUGUAGAAGAAGUCGGUGUGUAGUUAUUGUGUUUUUGCUGAGUGGGAAGAUCUUUUAAGGCGUAUCCAGAGUCGACAUGGAUGCAUCAACAGGUCACGAUAGCACGAUAUUAACAUUCUUGCUCCACUAAUCUGGAGUACUUUCUACCAUGACUUUGGGAAUGUGUGAUGCUGUAGAUACGAAGGCUCCAGGCACCAAGGAGGCAGAUAGGCCCCGUUCGGCUCUGGGCAAUGCUUACGAGCGAAUCCGGCAGUUCGUCCGGCCGAAGACCAAACCCAGAAAUCAGAUCGAACCGAAGAAGAAAGAGAAAGAAAUGCAGCAGACGCAGGCUCACCCGAGAGUUACCAGGAAAAGCUCCAAAGAUGGCGUGAAGUAUCAAGGUCUGGCGUACGCCUGCGAUAGAAAGCGACAGCUGAGAGAUGAACAAGCCAAGUCCGAGUUGGCUUCCAGGAAACACCAGUCUGUGGCUACAGCCAGCCUGGCCAGCACCUCAAGACGGGGUAAGCUGCCGGUGAAACCCAGGAGGCGACGCGCUUACGCAAGAGACGUCGGCUCCGAAGAUUCCACUUCGAGUGACGACAGCGAUGAUGAUAGCAUGGUGGACAACCGUGACCUGUGGUUCCUGACUGGGAGAGGGAUUGAGUUGGAGAAGAAGCUCGGGGAAGGAACCUACGCACAGGUACACGCCGGCCGGCAACUGAAGCCUCCGCGCCCGGUAGCUGUUAAGAUCAUCUCGCUGGAGAAGACCAACCAACGAUUCCGCAUCAAGUUCCUACCGCGUGAGACAGAGCUGCUUCGCAAGGUGGAGCAUCCUAACAUCAUCAGGCUGUACACGACCCUCAAGUACGACCACAAGGUAUUCUUCGUGAUGGAGCUAGCUCAGAGAGGAGAUCUGUUGGGCUACGUCCAGAGGCAUCGGGUUCUCAGCGUGCCGGUAGCUCGCACAAUCUUCUCGCAGAUCCUGGCGGCUAUCGAAUAUCUCCACCAGAAUGGGAUCUACCAUCGAGACCUCAAGUGCGAGAACAUCCUGUUGGAUCCGGGGCACAAGGUCAAACUGACGGAUUUUGGUUUCGCCAGGGAGUGGUAUGAGCCCAAUCAGCUGUGCCGGACCUACUGCGGUAGUGCGGCUUAUGCUUCGCCGGAGAUUCUGCAAGGUUUACCGUAUGAGCCGAGCACGGCCGAUGUAUGGAGCAUGGGCAUCGUUCUCUUCGUUAUGGUGCAGGGUAAGAUGCCCUUCGACGACACCAACGUGAAGCAGAUGGUGUCUGUGGUUCUCCGCUAUAACGUCGACUUCCUGCUGAAGCGCCCUCUAUGCAGCCCGCUGAAGGCACUGAUCAGGUCCGUCCUGAACCGCGACCAGUGGAAUCGCGCCACCAUCGGCCAGAUCAGGAGAAGCGUUUGGCUGGAAGGCUCGACGAAAAACCCUUCAGCUCAUUAAAAUUUACAAAUAAACAUAACUCAAUAACUUCUUUAUCAUAGAACACGGGAAAGAACAAAGGGGACUUGAAUGUACCCCUAAAAAAUCACAAGGAACCAAUACCAUCGGCCAAGCAAUUUGCCCCUCCCGAACAGGCACAGUUUAGACGGGCACUGUAUGCACUAGUCAGAAACAAUAAGUGAAAUUCAUUUUAAAAAAAAUAUAAUUUAGAAUUUGAAGCCAUUUUCACGUCGAGUCAAAAAAAAAAUUGGGUUACGAAUGUUUUUUUUUUCUUCCAAACUUGCAUUUUCCGUAUGGUAAAAAUGAUCUUAAGAAAUCUUUUAUGUGCAACGAUGCGUCCUUAUUGUUUUCAUUAAUUUUUAUAAAUAAAUAUUUGUUUUUGUCGAUGCUCGCACUAUUUAGUGCAAGUGAUUUUUUUGGGGGGGCGGGAAAAAUGAGAAAAGAAAUUACAGUAAAAAAAAAUGUAAUAUUUGUGUUCACUGAUUGAAUCAGUUUUGUUCAAUAAACCUUGCAUUUUCAACAAAGUCA